AUGCUAAAUAUCUUUUGUGAUAUCAGCGAAUGCCCCGAACGAUUCGUUGUCCAGGAAAUCUCCUCGAGGGUUGUCACUCGACACCAGCCUGCCAAGAUCGACAGUAACUCCGAAAAUCUUCUUGAACCGCACAGUAUAGGGAAGGAUACACCAGCGGACCCCUCUCAACGAGCUCGCGAUCACAAGAUCAAUACCGCGAAGCUGUUUCAGUUGCACCUAUCUUAUGAGCAUGUCCACAGUCCUUCGGUCACCUCUUCCUUGAUGAGUACCGCUGGUGGCACAUGCCUCAGUGGCUUCGAAGAAAGGAAACAUAGGAUCGGUGGACGCCGCGAUAAUCCCUCUGAGAGGGAUGUCGUCGUGGAUGAGGGUUGCCGACGAAAUGUGAAGUUUGACUCGGGAGAUCAAGAUAUCGAGUUGCUUGGAGUCGGAGCACAAUUCGGUGACAUUGGCUACAGUUUGAAGCAUGCAGGGCCUUGA